CGCAUACAAAUUUCCAUAUACUCGCGCGACAUGUGCCCGCCGGCCGGCCCCGAGUCAUUCUCGCAUUUGCCGGCCGCCAGUCACCACCUCCUCCGCCAUGUACUCGCAGACCGUCCACGGCAUGGCCGCCUACAACCCGUAUACGCUGCAUGACGACUCGCACCUGCGUCAGCGCUCGUCGCCCAUGUACAGCUACAGCCAGGCGCCGCGCCCGUAUAUGCCGUACGGCAACCAGAGCCCGACCAAGUACCACCACCACUACGACGGCCACCACCACCAUCACCACAUGAGCCAGCACGACGAUGACUUUUACCUCGACCACGCUGCGUUUACGAUUGUGCCGACGGUACCGACGCCGGAAGAGCUCACGCGCUACGAGUAUGGCCGCACGCCGUCCGGCAAGGUGCUCGUCACGGCGGGCAACCAGACGGUUGAAAUCUUCACGGGUGUCAUGAACGCGCCGCCAUGCUACAUGGAGUAAGUAGCACGGUCGCUGCGCCUCGCCGUUUGCUGUGCGCCAAGCCCGACCCGACCGACGCUGCUCUUUGUAGAGUAUGGAACGUGUGUAAAUAAGGCACGUCGGUCGGCACGACUUGCGACGCGGCGAUCCGGGGCGAUCGACAUUAGAGAUUGUAGGCCAUAUGAGUAAGAAUAGCGUGUACGAUGAGAAGACACGCUCGUAUUAUCUAUUAAUAAUAUGUUAAUUCUUGAUACCCCACA